GGCGGCCUGGCGGAAUGUGAAAGUACAAGUUGUAUUGCUUCUCCAAAAUCUCCGACAACACCCGCCGCGCACACGUCCCACACACCGCGACUCCGCUCCCACGUCGGCCGCGUUUCGACACGCGAGGGAAGCUCUCGGAAAAAAAUGCCUCCCUAGGGGAUGAGACUCCAUCGUUCAUAUCAGUGUCUGCGGCUCUGGGAUCGUUGACAACCUUGGCUGCGCGUUGGCUCAGGAUGGCGCAUGGAGGACCUCCGCUUGACCACGUCCUGCAGGACCUCAAGCAGCGCUUCCCAGAGAUCCCGGAAGGGGUAGUGUCACAAUGCCUUUUGCAGAACAACAACAACCUAGAUCGCUGCUGCCACCUGCUGGCCCUGGAGAGUAACCGAUACCUCUAUGGGGAUUUCCAUCACAGUCCGGAGGAGGUGAGUCGCAAUCACAUGCUCCACAUUAACCUGGGCUACCAGGGCUCGGACGUCAACAAGCCAAAUGGAGCGGCGGCAGGGCGCUCGCUGGUCCACAGCACCAGUGACAGCCACAUCGAUCCCCAGAGACCCAACUACCCCGAGCCCCUGUCGGCGCCCGCCGCCAUGGCCCCCUCCGCCGGUUACAAUCCGUUCUUCAUCAACGACCAGAGCCGUUCGGCGAGCACUCCCACCCCGCCGCCGAUUCAGAGUAUGUCCCCCACCUUCUCCCCCGUCACGCGCUAUACCAUGAACCCUAUCGCGGUAACACUUUCGCAAAGUAUACCCAAUGCCCCACAGGCGUUGCAGAUACCCCCCGGGCACUACGCUAACAGUGGCAGCACCAUUUAUAUCCGACCCUCGCCCUCCCAGAGCCCACAGCCGCCACCGUGGCCGUCCUCGGGUACCACCGUUUAUCACCACCAGUCCCCCUACAGCACCCCUACUUAUGGCUCGCCGUACAGUUCCCCCCAGCAUCAGGUGCAGCCACCGCAUCAGGUGCAACCCCAGCAUCAGGUGCAACCCCAGCAUCAGGUGCAACCUCAGCAGCCGUCCCAGCACCAGCAAUACGUCUUCCUCCCCAUUAACUCGCCGACACACCCCAGCAUGUCCUACCACCACCAGCAGCAGCCCCCCGCCUACAGGCCCUACCACUCUAAGAGCUCCCACAAGAACCAGAUCGAGAUUACCCUGGAAGGACCGCGGCCUCGCAGCAACUCCCCCGUGCAUACUCCCCACCCCCAGGCAGCGCUUUACAUGACCACCAGUCCUUCGCCCAGCUCGCCUUCCAGGGGCGUCGCCCUAAGUGGACCUCCAGGAUCGGCGCCCUACCACGCGGGAAAGUACCUGCAGCACCACAGCCCCGCGAGGCCUCGGCCCGCCUCCUCGCCGCAGCCGGGCCAGUCCGCGUACACUUUCCAGAUCAAAAUGACCGGAGGGCAGGCCCAGAGACCGCCCAGCUCGCCUCCCGUGGCUGAGGCCGAGUCGCUCCUCAACAUCGUCGACCAGGGGGAGAAGAAUGCCGCCCCUCCGCCCAUCCUGCCCAUCUCCGCGCUGCCGGGGAACGUGGCCAGUCAGUUUCGCCAAACGCACCGGCGUUCCAGCUCGGGUUCCGAUGACUACGCCUACACUCAAGCGCUUCUGCUCCACCAGCGAGCCAGGAUGGAGCGCCUUCUGAAGGAGCUGCUGAUCGAGAGGCAGAAACUGGAGCAAGUGAAGUCGGACGUCAACAACAUGGAAUACGAUGCCCUACAGAGACGCUUUCGUAGAGUCAACUCUACCAGUCUUAUACCCAGACCUGAGGAGAUGACUCGAUUGCGGAGCCUCAACAGACAGCUUCAGAUUGAUAUCGACUGCAUGCUGAAGGAGACAGAUCUACUGCAGUCCAGAGGGAAGUUUGACCCGCAAGCCAUGAACAACUUCUACGACAACAUCCAGCCUGGCCCAGUGGUGCCGCCCAAACCAGGAAGGAGAGACGGGGACCAUACCUCCAAGCCGGUGUCGGUGCCUCAGAGGGACGAAGACUUUGAAGGCGCACAGUGGGGCUGUGAAUACUGCACCUUCCUCAACCACCCCGCUCUCAAACGCUGUGAACAAUGCGAUAUGCCGCGCUACACCUGAGCUGAAAAACGCCGCAUCCGCCUGCCGCGCCCUCCUAGAAUGAGGAGGAAGUGGCCUGUCAAUCAAUAUUUAAGAGCCUGCUGAGGAAGAGCCACCAUCCCUCCCUGGCCAACUUGUCCUGCUCUUAUCUGCUACUCCUGUGCACUUUGAUUUCAACCUCUUGUUUUUAUUUCAGGGGGGGGGGGGGUUGGCGACUCCGAUGGCUAAUCUUAUUAAAAGGACUCGGGCAGCGAGUGUCCCGCCGCGGAGUCACAAAGGUCAAAGUUAAAACAAGGAUGGACUUGUGGUUUACCUGCAAACAUUCCACGCGGAACGAGGGACUGUCCUGUUUACACAGCUGCAUCCAUUCCCGCUCUCCGCUCCAGGAACGGUAUCUUAUUUCUCUCUCUUGCUGACAGCGGAAUAAUGCAAGGUCUGACUAAUGCAAAUGUAGACUCUACACUGUAUUUGGCUCUGGCUUCAGAGCUGUGGGGGACAAGAACACUAAAAAAAAAAAAAAAACAUGAGUAUAUCCCUGGUACUUUUAUGGCACCCUCUGUAUUACGUGAUGGUUUCCUGUGCGAAUGCCUCAACUUGCUGUAAUUAAUAAAGGAGCGGAUUCUGUGACGUGACCAAAGUGGGCUGGCAUGUCCUUACAAUAACAGCGAGACAAAGAAGACCUCCCGACAUAUGGCACCAUGUACUGUAAGUCUUGUGUAUCGAUAAUUAUUGAUGUUUUUUUAUGACCUUUGGAAAAUAUAUUU